AUGAGUACUAAUAACAAAAUAACAAUUACAAUAGAGAAUAUGAUUUUUCAUGGUAGAAUAAAAAAGAGAAAAAAAGAUUUGUUAGUAGGAAAAUGGAACAUAAAUAAUUAUUUAAAUAUUAAGAAUAAAACAUCAAAUGAUUAUUUUAACUUAGAGAAAUUAAAUAGAAAUAAAUAUAUAAAAUCUAUACUGUAUCAAAAAGUUAGUUGUGUUUUUAUUAAAAACAUAAACAAAUUAAAUUAUAGAACUAUUGAAACAAAUAAUUUUUUACAUUCAAUUAAAAAUUCUUUAUCCUAUAAUCCUUUAAACGUAACGAGUUUAUUUAAUUUAGUAUAUUUUUAUAAUAAAAAAAACGAUUUUAAAAAUUGUCUCUUUUAUUCGUUUAUUUUAAAUGCUGUUUUAAUGAAAAUCUUGAGAAAAUAUUUUUAUGGAAAUAAGAUAAUUGAUAAGAAAAAAAAUUAUUUAAAAUAUUUACAAUUAAUUACAUAUAAAAAACAAUUAAAAAAUAGUUAUAAAUUUAUUUUUAUUAAAAAAAUUAGAAAGAAAUGGAAGAAAAUUCCACUGUUAAAUGAUAAAACAUUAUUUGUAUUAUUUUUAGAGAAUUUACAUUUCUUAUUUUUAAGUUAUUACAAAUUAUUCUAUAUGGAUAAUGUUAUAUAUUAUACUAGGUUGAUGUUAAAAAUUUUAGAAAUAAAUAAAAUACACAACUAUAUAAAAGGAAACUAUUUUUUUUUAAAUUGUAAUUUAUAUUUAAUUAAAGCAAGUUGCUACCUAUUAGCCAAUUCAAAUAAAAAGAAUAUAAUUAGAAAUGAAGAUAAUAUAAAAGUUAUAAAUUUAGUUCCAUAUAAAAAAAAUGAUUAUAAUAAUAAUAAGUUGAAUAUAAUGCUAAUUGAUGAAAAUGAAAUUGAAGAUAUAUUAAAUGAGAAAAUAAUAAAUGAAGGAAGAAAAAAAGAUAAUGAACAAAUAGAAAAAAAUUAUUUUUUUAUUUAUGAGGAUAAUAACAAAAUUAGAAUGAAAGAUAUUUUAGAUUAUGAAAAAAAUUAUUUAUCUUUUAUAAUAAAUGAAGAAGAGAUAAAUAAAAAAGUAGAUAAAAUGAAUGAUCUUUUGAUUCACCCACUUGUUAAUAUAAAAUUCAUUAUGAUAAAAUUAAAUGAAUGUAUAAAAUUUUGUUUGAAUAAUCGUAUGUAUCAAUUUUUAGAACAAUUUCUAAUAUGGAGAGCAAGGAUUUUUUUUCAUUUAAAAUAUUUUGAAGAAUGUUUAUCUGAUACAUGCAAAGUUUCAUUACUAAACAUAUAUUCUAAUGCAAAUAUAGAUGAAAAUGAUAAUAAUUAUAGUUGUUUUAAUUUAAGAAUAUUAUGCUUAAAGUAUAUGAAUAUUUUAAAUAUUUUAGAUUUGCAUUUAGUUCAUAUUUUAAAAACAAAUAAUAAAAAAAUAAAUGAACACAAAAUAAUGAAUAUUGAUGUCAAAAAAAAUACAAGAACAAAAUAUAUAAAUGAAAGAGAACAUCAAUAUACAUGGAAUAGAUCUUUAGAAGAUCAGAAUGUUCUAAAUUUUAUAAAAUAUAAUAAAAAAAAAAUACCAUUUACAUUUUAA